AUGGAAAAAAGGUGGCUCUUCCCCCUCUUCUGUUUGUUCUCAGUGCCCAGCAUUGCAGGCCAGCCUGAAGAUGUCAUUACACAAACAGAAGUUGUCCGUGCUUUGCCAGGUACUGACGUGACGCUGGUGUGCAGCUUCCGAAAACCACACACCACCUACAUAAUUCAGACACAGUGGUCCAAGACUGAUGACACGCAGCUUACCAGAAUAGCUGUUUAUCACCCCGUUUAUGGCACCCAUUACUUCACGUUUCCUGAGGCUUCUUACAACUUUUCAGUGUCCUUCAGCAUAAGGAAGUGCUGCAACUGGGAUGGUACAGGGACUUUGUGUUCCCCUGAUCCAAAUGUCACAUCUGAGUGCAGUCAGUGGGCUCUGCAUCUGAAAAACGUUACCGUCUCCCUUAGCGGGCAGUACGAGUGCAGUUUUGCUACCUACCCGUAUGGGGCAAAGGCUGCAAAAAUUCAACUUAUUGUCAAGGCAGAAGAGGAGCAGCACUACGUGAAGAAGGUGCAGUUAAACCAGACUUUAGAAAUUCCGUGCCUUGAGGACACAACCUCAGAAAAUUUGUCCAAUUAUCCUUUGAAAUGGCUAGUGGGGGAAAAUGGCAGGAAAGAGGAACUUGUGACCAAGGAGCCCUCCUGCCCUGCAGUGUACAGGAACGGCAGCACGCUGUACGGGCAAAGAGUCCGCCUGGGUUUGAAUAAUGCUCUAAAGAUUUUCCCCACCAAAAUCACGGACGAUGGCAGGGUGUUUUCCUGCCACGUGAUGUACCAUCCAGAGAGAGUCCAGAAGAGCAGCACCACUGUGAGAGUAUUCGCCUACCCUGAGAUCUCCGUCAGCCUGCAGGAGGGCUCCGUGGGCACCCCGCAGAAGCCUAACGUGAGCUGCGUCGUGAGGAAGGCAUUUCCCAAGCCGACCCUCCUGUGGUGCGUGGACGGAGCGAGCCUGACGGAGCAGCCUGGAGAAAUUUCUGUUGAACAAGAAGACUCGCAAGACAGUGAAGGUUUCUAUCAGCUGAGAUCAACGCUGACAUUGCAAGGGACCCACCAGACACAUAAGACGUUCUCAUGUGCAUGUCUGUUUUCCUUUUUCGGGAAUAAAACAUGGAAUAUUUCAUCAGAAGUAAUAUUUGUUUCCCUCGACAAUAGGCGUAAUGAAGCCUCAUCCGAAGAUUUUACCACCAUGGCUUCAGAAGACCUUGGAAAUUCAGCACUUCCAUCAGCUGUCAUGACUACCUCAGAGUAUCAGUCGACAUCUUUGGCCUCUCUGGAUUUCAAAAGUCAAGUAAGCUUGGCUCCCGCUUCCACGACACAAGAUUUGAAUGAUUCCACCACUAAAUCCCCGCAAAGCUUCAGGAAUGCCACGCGCUCCUCCGAGAAUACAACCCUAGCGCAUCGUAACCUGUCCUUCAGCAUCACAGACCAGCCAAUUUCAGUUACCAAGGGGAAAGAUUUCUUUACUACCAGCAGUCUGCUCAAUAGUACUGGCAGUACGAGGAACACGAAAGCCAGUCGCUUCUCCUGGCCAACAGUGGUAGCCGUCCUGCUCCUCUUCUGCAGUUUUCUAAUAGCUUUAGGCAUCAGGAAAUGGUGUCAGUACCAGAAAGAGAUUAGGAACAGACCUCCUUCUUUCAAGCCACCCCCACCUCCGAUAAAGUACACCUCCAUGGUGGAGUCCGAUGGGACUUCCCCAUCCUACCACGAACUGGAAAACCUGUAA